AUGGCCCCCGACGCUGAUAAGCGCCAGAUCAGCUUUCCCCGACUGGAGUACCCGAUACACAGAGAAACAGUGCCGAAGACAGCACAGCUCUGGCUUAAAGGCAAGCGAUCCCAAGACGGCGCCGAAAACCUGUGGAGAAUACACGACGGCUUGUACGAUCUGACUGAGUUCAUAUCAAUACAUCCUGGUGGCGCUGAAUGGCUGGCGGUUACAAAGGGCACAGACAUCACAGUGGCAUUCGAAACACAUCACCUAAAAGGCCUCGCAGAAACCCUCCUACCAAAAUACUUCGUCAGGAAGACAACACUACCAAAAAACGAUCCCUUCACAUUCAAAGAGGAUGGAUUCUACAAAACAUUAAAAUUAAAAGUAAUGGCUGGAAUCGAAAAUAUACCAAAGGAUGCUCGAAAAAAAAGUGAUUUUGUGACUGACGCACUUUUGCUAAGUGUCCUUGUGUUAAGUCCUGUCAGCUGUUGGGUUUGGCCUCAAAACUUCUUGCUCGGAGCCGCACUGACCGUUUUGAAUAGUUUCUUUUUGAGUUCCUUGAUCACUUGUGCACAUAACUACUUCCACCGUGGAGAUAAUUGGAGAAUGUUUUUGUUUAAUUUAGGAGGAGCGUCGUAUAGUGAUUGGCGGAUCUCCCAUUCGAUGUCUCAUCAUCUACACACGAACACUGCUCAGGACAUAGAGCUGAGUAUGCUGGAGCCCUUCCUACAGUUCCUGCCGCACAAGGACAAACCCAUAUGGGCACAGAUGGGAGCCUUCUACUACCCCGUCGUCUAUGCAACGUCAUUGCUUUUCAUGAUGUUUCAAAAUUUUACCCUGUCUGCUUUACAGCAUGAAGGCAAGUCUCUAACCUGGCAGAGCUUCAUUCCCUUCGCCCUGCCUGCAUGGAUGUACUUUGCCGGAGGGCUGCCGUUACCCUGGACUGUUCUGAUCUGGCUGAUCACUAUGAUACCAGCCAGCUUCUUCUUCGUCCUCUUCGGUUUGACAGCUGGUCAUCACAGCCAUAGGAACUUCUUUGAAGGUGACGUUCCGAGGAGUGAAAAUAUCGACUGGGGUCUCCACCAAUUGGACACAAUUGUGGAAAGAAUCGAUUACGCGGGCAAUCACUUUAAAUCGAUCACUCGAUUUGGAGACCACGCUCUUCAUCAUUUGUUCCCAACACUAGACCAUGCAGAACUAAAAUACUUGUACCCAACAUUAUUCGAGCAUUGUGAAAAGUUUGAAUCACAUUUAAAAACCAAUACGUUUUACGAAGCAGUCAUAAGUGCCAGUAAGCAAAUGAUAAGGAAACGGCCAAACAGCUUUAAAGAGCCAAAACAUAUAAAAUAGUUUUUAUUUAAUUGUAUGUAAAAAUAAGACAGAUAUUAUGUCUCUAAUUUUAAAUUUAGAGCAAGUUUUGCACAAAAUUUUGGUCGGUUUCAAUAUUAAAUACCUACGUAACAAAA